AUGUCACUCCGCGUUCAUGUCUCGCUUUUGAGCGGGCGUGAUGUGACCCUGGAGGCGGCCGAAGGGGAUUCUUCGGAAACGUUGGCCCAGCGCGCACAGACCGCGCUGGGGGUCGGAAAGGGCCGGUUGCGAGGCCCCAGCGGCGAAGUUUCGCCGAAGCGCCCUCGACUGCAGGAAGGCGACGCACUGACCCUGGAAGUCGUUCAGACGCGCGCCACCACGAAGGAGGAUGGCUUGGUGGCAUGGGGCGGCCGCCCCGAUGAGUUCGUUGAUCCUUCCACAUCCGACCAGGUUGUGUGCACGCUUGGAGCUUCUGCAGCCAUUCUCCCCGACGGCACCGUUCGCGCUUGGGGCGACCCGGAUUGCGGAGGGGAUAUUACAGCGGUGAAGGAUCAGCUUAAGAACAUCGUGUGUCUCGAGGCGAGCUUCGGCUCAUUUGCGGCCGUGCGGAGUGAUGGAACGGUGGUUUGCUGGGGAGAGGAGUUUCAGUCUCGCUUCUUUACCAUCGCCAUCUUCGCCUGCGCCGGGGGCUCUGCAGUGCUGCAGGCUUUGAGCUUCGUGGUCGCCCCCCGGACCUCAUUUGCGACCUCAUUUGCGACCUCAUUUGCGACCUCAUUUGCGACCUCAUUUGCGACCUCAUUCAUUUGCGACCUCAUUUGCGACCUCAUUUGCGACCUCAUUUGCGACCUCAUUUGCGACCUCAUUUGCGACCUCAUUCGCGACCUCAUUCACGACCUCAUUUGCGACCUCAUUUGCGACCUCAUUUGCGACCUCAUUUGCGACCUCAUUUGCGACCUCAUUCGCGACCUCAUUUGCGACUUCAUUUGCGACCUCAUUUGCGACCUCAUUUGUGACAUGACUCUUCGACUCACCGCCUAG